CGCUACUAUCUUGAUCUGGCAACUCUUUGGGUUUAUUUACUUUCGUCCAUCCGGCAAGGCAAUGUCACAUAUGUUUCAGACAAGACGCCAUUGAAAAAUGCUUCUGCCCCGAUUUAAUGCCCUUUGUUUGCAACGCUGUGCCAUGGCUUUCUACGCCGUAGCCAGCGGUCGGACGACAGGUGUCUACGCCUCGUGGGCAGAAUGUGAGGAGCAGGUUAAGGGCUUUAAAAACGCCAAGUACAAGAAAUUUAACACGCGCCAAGAGGCAGAGCAGUUCGUCAAUGGAUCCAAAUCAUAUGCUCCACAGGAUAUGGCGGUGCCUCUUGGCCAGAAACUGCCUGCUCCGGCCAGUUGGAAGGACAAGGUCGAGAGGAUUGAGAAGUCCAAAUACACAGAGGCCUGGCCCGAAGAGGAUGAUGAAUUGGUGGACGACGAGCUGAACGCCGCUAUGAACGAAGUGGAAGGGCAUCCCAAGCCAUCUAACAGUGGCAGUUCGGCAGGCAUCCAUAAUCGCAAGAGAAAAGGGAAAGGCACAGACGAAUCUAGAAACAAAAUACCUCGACAUGUCUCUCAGGUAUCGGAAGCCACAGGACUGAAGCAAGUGGGUGCCUUCCAGUUUGAAAUUGAUGCGGAAGGCUUUGUAAUAGUGUACACAGAUGGCUCCUGUAUAGGUAAUGGGCGACCAGGAGCCUGUGCCGGCUAUGGAGUCUAUUUCGGCAAGAAUCACCAGCUAAAUGCUGCCAAGCCUGUAAAAGGGCGCGUCACCAAUAACGUAGGAGAAAUUCAGGCUGCCAUUCAUGCCAUCAAAACAGCGUUAGAUUUGGGAAUAAAAAAACUGUCCAUCAGCACAGACUCACAGUUUCUGAUCAACUCCAUAACACUGUGGGUGCCAAAUUGGAAAAGACGAGAUUGGAAGCUAAAAAGCAACCAGCCUGUGAAAAACGUGGUUGACUUUAAGGAGCUGGAUGAACUGCUGCACAACAAUAAUAUAAUAGUGAAAUGGAACUACGUGGAGGCCCACAAGGGCAUAGAAGGCAACGAAAUGGCGGAUAAAUUGGCGCGACAAGGAUCCGCAUUGUAUAAGGAAAGAAAUUCCUGAUAAUAAUUUAAGCGGAGUAAAACAAUGUGGCAACCCUGAAUAAAUUGAAGUUAAUCGACAACCCCA